UACUUCCCCCCAGGGAAGACAAAACGAAGGGAAGAAGGAGGGGGAUGGGUAGGGAAGAGAAAAAUACGUGACAAAGAAAACAUUCUUUGCCUGGGAGGAGACUCCCAGAGGGUGUAGAGCUGGAGGGAGCAUUCACUGGCCAUGCCAGUACUUACCACUGAUGCUGAGUCAGAAACAGGUAUCCCAAAAUCCCUUUCCAAUGAGCCUCCCUCAGAAACCAUGGAGGAAAUAGAGCACACAUGCCCACAGCCUCGACUGACCCUGACAGCACCAGCCCCAUUUGCCGAUGAGUCCAGCUGCCAGUGCCAAGCACCUCAUGAAAAACUGACCAUUGCACAGGCUCGUUUAGGAACACCAGUUGACAGGCCUGUGAGAGUGUAUGCAGAUGGAAUAUUUGACCUCUUCCACUCAGGUCACGCAAGGGCACUUAUGCAAGCAAAAACACUGUUUCCCAACAGCUACUUGUUGGUAGGAGUUUGCAGUGAUGACCUCACUCACAAAUUCAAAGGUUUCACUGUGAUGAAUGAGGCAGAGCGAUAUGAAGCCCUCAGACACUGUCGCUACGUGGAUGAAGUCAUCAGAGAUGCACCAUGGACUCUCACGCCAGAGUUUCUGGAAAAACACAAGAUCGACUUUGUGGCUCAUGAUGACAUUCCGUAUUCCUCUGCUGGUUCUGAUGAUGUUUAUAAGCAUAUAAAGGAAGCAGGCAUGUUUGUUCCAACACAAAGAACAGAAGGCAUCUCAACAUCAGACAUCAUCACCAGAAUUGUCCGUGAUUAUGAUGUAUAUGCCCGGCGCAAUCUCCAGAGAGGGUACACAGCCAAGGAACUAAAUGUCAGCUUUAUAAAUGAGAAGAAGUACCGUUUCCAGAACCAGGUGGACAAGAUGAAAGAAAAGGUCAAGAAUGUAGAGGAAAGAUCAAAAGAAUUUGUUAACAGAGUAGAAGAAAAGAGUCAUGACCUAAUUCAGAAGUGGGAAGAAAAAUCAAGAGAAUUCAUUGGCAACUUCCUGGAACUGUUUGGGCCAGAUGGUGCAUGGAAGCAAAUGUUCCAGGAGAGGAGUAGCCGGAUGCUCCAGGCCUUAUCUCCGAAGCAGAGUCCCGUGAGCAGCCCGACCCGGAGCCGGUCCCCUUCUCGCUCCCCAUCUCCCACCUUCUCAUGGCUCCCCAACAAGACCUCUCCCCCAUCUUCCCCCAAAGCAGCCUCAGCCUCCAUCAGCAGCAUGAGUGAGGGGGAUGAGGAUGAGAAGUAAAGGUGCCUGGCCAACAAGGGCACUCCACACAGGACGGGAUGGGGUCCCGGGAUACCUGGGUGGUGUUGACAGCUGCAGCUCCGUGGGGAGAUGGGAGUUCUGCCAUGGGAAGGUACUGGGGCCAGCUCCUCUUCCUUCUCCAACCAGCCUGGCCCGGGCUCGGCAUGGAGGUUUCCAACCUGAAAACCCACGCAAACCUUCUUAGCAUCCUAGAAUCACCCCACUUUAGCCCUGCUAUGGAAAGGUCUAGAGUACUCCAUGAAGUGUGGUGACUUCUGCUUUGGUCCAAACAUCCAUCCAUAUCAAACAAACCACCUGAGGAAGUGGCUGCUGCCUCAUCCUGCUAUCUCCAGCCCUCUAAGAGCCUUGCACGUUGCCUCCUAUCACCCAAGCUCUCCAGAAUGAAUUCCCUUCCAACUGAGGUGGCCAAGUGCUUCCAAAAUGAGCAAAUGAAAGACACAUUCCAGCCCUCUCCACUCAGCCACUAAGGACUGAUGGUGGCCUGCAUCAACUCCUUCCCAUUCCAGGACCCUGACUCAGAUGCAGUUUCGCUUUGGCUGCACAGAAAAGUGUGAACCUCUUGUUCAAAGGACAGUUAGGUCAAGGCCACCUAAGGCCUGGCAUGCUUCUGGCUGUACUUUUUUUUUUUUUCAUGGCUGGCAUGAUGACACUGUUUUCCAGAAAUUACCUGAGUUGAUGGGAAUCGCAACAAGGAAACUUACCUUGUCUAAAAAGAAAUAACCAACCCAAGCAGGAGCUUCUUUGCUUUGGCUCCACAUGUGGAAGAUGAGAAUUGUCUCCUGGAGCUUCUUAAAGAAUGGCUCUUUCCCUUUCUGACCACACCACAGUUCAUAGUCCUCAACAGUUCGAUGUAACAAACACUUAGUAUACCGAUAGGGGGUGCUACCUGCACGUAUCUGUUCUAUGUAUCCUCCAAAUAUGCCACCCCAGGGUGUAUACCAUAUGCAAUAUAAAUAUAUGGUGGUGGUGUCUGAGUAUAUACUCCUCUCUUGCUCUGCCCCCGCCCGAUACCCUGCUGAAAUGCUUGAUCUCAAGAACCAUCUGGUUCCCUCAUGACUUGGGCACUUUGUCAAAAGUUCAAUCAACUGUUAGAUCCCUGUAGAAAUGUUUUGUCCCAGAAAACUCCUGUUGUUCUUCACCCGUGACGUUUUGGGUAAAGGGAUGCUCUGAAGUCUUGCAAACAAUUGAGGGCUCAAUCCUCUGACUGGUCUAAGAAACAUGGAAGUUAUUUCUGGCCCUAGCUUCUCUGAAUGCAAUGGGGACUCUCAGAUGACUGUAUAACUAUUUGGGACCACUGUUCCCUAAUCACAUGCAGGAAGGAACAGGUCCAGUCAAGGUGGAAAUAGAAUUUUCCGAUUAUUCUGCUAAAGAUAGGCAGCAGUGAGUGAGGCUUGACUGAACCUGCAACUGAUGUGCAGAGCCUAGCACCUCUGGUUGCAGAGGCAGAGGCAUUGGGAACAAGCCUUCUGGGGCGGGGGCAACUGAUGAAGAAAGGCAUUCUGUCUUUGCCCUUUGUGCUGGAGUUGAACUACCUCCCUCAUCACCCGAAGAUCAGUGGUGACUGUUGCAAAACAAAACCGUGAGGCGAAGUCAGCUUGAAACUUCCUGGUUCCUGAUACUUUGUCCAGAACUCUUAAAGUGCUCAUGAAAGACAGGGGAUUGCUGGGAACACGACCUGUGAGGAGAAGGUCUUUUCAUAGUCCAGGCCCUCUCAGAGCAUCGGUCUCC